UGGAAACAGUAAGUGACAGCAAACUGAACAGCAAUUUAAGGACCAGGAUGCUGAGAAUUCAUCUCAGUUUAAUGCUUGUCAGCGUUCUUGGAGCCCCUCUGUUGGCUGAUGGCUCUAACAUACGACUCGUUGGUGGCAGUAACUCCUGCUCUGGUAGAGUGGAAGUCUAUUAUAAUAACCAGUGGGGAACAGUGUGUGAUGAUGACUGGGACAUGAAUGAUGCACAGGUGGUGUGUAGAGAGCUUGGAUGUCGUAAUGCUGUCAGCGCUAAUCAAAGUGCUGCAUUUGGUCGGGGAAGUGGCCCAAUAUGGAUGGAUAAUGUUCGCUGUUCCGGAAGUGAAAGCAACAUCACACAGUGCACUCAUAAUGGAUUUGGAAAACACAACUGUGGGCAUGGUGAAGAUGCUGGUGUAAUUUGCUCAGAUGGCGCUAACAUACGACUCGUUGGUGGCAGUAACUCCUGCUCUGGUAGAGUGGAAGUCUAUUAUAAUAACCAGUGGGGAACAGUGUGUGAUGAUUACUGGGACAUGAAUGAUGCACAGGUGGUGUGUAGACAGCUUGGAUGUCGUAAUGCUGUCAGCGCUAAUCAAAGUGCUGCAUUUGGUCGGGGAAGUGGCUCAAUAUGGAUGGAUGAUGUUCGCUGUUCUGGAAGUGAAAGUACCCUCACACAGUGCACUCAUAGGGGAUUUGAAAAACACAACUGUGGGCAUGGUGAAGAUGCUGGUGUAAUUUGCUCAGUUCAUGACCAGAUCAGGCUGGUGAAUGGUGCAAGUAACUGCUGUGGUCGAGUGGAGAUCAAGCACAAUGCCCAGUGGGGAACAGUGUGUGAUGAUGACUGGGACUUAAAGGAUGCAGAGGUGGUGUGUCGACAGCUUGGAUGUGGUAAAGCAGUCAGCGCUCCUCAUAGUGCCCGCUUUGGUCAGGGAAGUGAACCAACCUGGCUGGAUGAUGUUCGGUGUAAUGGGACUGAGAGCUACAUAGAUCAGUGCUCACACAGAGGAUUUGGAGUAGAGAACUGUGGACAUGGUGAAGAUGCUGGAGUUGUUUGCCUAAAUUUGCAGAGUCCCACACUGACUCGGAUCUCCCCAAACUCUGUGGUCUCACCUGGAGAAGUCCUUCAGUUCAGAUGUUCCACACGCAGCACAACAUGCAUCUCUGUGGACUUCAGUUUAUAUAAAACUGGGACAUUAAUAAAGAAGCAAACUGCAGUAACUACAACAACAUUUAAUCUGACUGUAGAUGAAUCACAUCAGGGCCAGUACACCUGUGACUACACAUACAGGGAAAGUAACUCUAUAUCAUCCAGAAGCAGCUCCAUUACCAUCACUGUGGUUCAUGACCAGAUCAGGCUGGUGAAUGGUACGAGUAACUGCUGUGGUCGAGUGGAGAUCCAGCACAACGCCCAGUGGGGAACAGUGUGUGAUGAUUACUGGGACUUAAAGGAUGCACAGGUGGUGUGUAGACAGCUUGGAUGUGGUAAAGCAGUCAGCGCUCCUCAUAAUGCCCGCUUUGGACAGGGAAGUGAACCAACCUGGCUGGAUGAUGUUCGGUGUAAUGGGACUGAGAGCUACCUAUAUCAGUGCUCACACAGAGGAUUUGGAGUAGAGAACUGUGGACAUGGUGAAGAUGCUGGAGUUGUGUGCUUAAAUUUUCAGAGUCCCACAUUGACUCGGAUCUCCUCAAACUCUGUGGUCACACCUGGAGAAGUCCUUCAGUUCAGAUGUUCCACACCCAGCCCAACAUGCAUCUCUGUAGAUUUCAGUUUGUAUAAUACUGGGAAAUUAAUAAAGAAGCAAACUGCAGAGACUACAACAACAUUUACUCUGACUGUGGAUAAAUCACAUCAGGGCCAGUACACCUGUGACUACUCAUACAGGGAAAGUAACGCCACAUCAUCGAGGAGCAGCUCCAUUACCAUUACUGUGGAUGGCACUAACAUACGACUCGUUGGUGGCAGUAACUCCUGCUCUGGUAGAGUGGAAGUCUAUUAUAAUAACCAGUGGGGAACAGUGUGUGAUGAUUACUGGGACAUGAAUGAUGCACAGGUGGUGUGUAGACAGCUUGGAUGUGGUACUGCUGUCAGCGCUAAUCAAAGUGCUUCCUUUGGUCAGGGAAGUGGCCCAAUAUGGAUGGAUAAUGUUCGCUGUUCCGGAAGUGAAAGCAACAUCACACAGUGCUCUCAUAAUGGAUUUGGAAAACACAACUGUGGGCAUGGUGAAGAUGCUGGUGUAAUUUGCUCAAUUCAUGACCAGAUCAGGCUGGUGAAUGGUGCGAGUAACUGCUGUGGCCGAGUGGAGAUCCAGCACAAAGCCCAGUGGGGAACAGUUUGUGAUGAUUACUGGGACUUAAAGGAUGCAGAGGUGGUGUGUCGACAGCUUGGAUGUGGUAAAGCAGUAAGCGCUCCUCGUAAUGCCCACUUUGGUCAGGGAAGUGAACCAACCUGGCUGGAUGAUGUUCGGUGUAAUGGGACUGAGAGCUACAUAAAUCAGUGUUUACACAGAGGAUUUGGAGUAGAGAACUGUGGACAUGGUGAAGAUGCUGGAGUUGUUUGCUUAAAUUUGCAGAGUCCCACACUGACUCGGAUCUCCUCAAACUCUGUGGUCUUACCUGGAGAAGUCCUUCAGUUCAGAUGUACCACACGCAGCCCAACAUGCAUCUCUGUAGAUUUCAGUUUAUAUAAAACUGGGACAUUAAUAAAGAAGCAAACAGGAGAGACUACAACAACAUUUACUCUGACUGUAGAUGACUCACAUCAGGGCCAGUACACCUGUGACUACUCAUACAGGGAAAGUCACUCCACAUCUUCGAGGAGCAGCUUCAUUACCAUCACUGUGGAUCAAGUUCAUAACCAGAUCAGGCUGGUAAAUGGUCCGGGUAACUGCUGUGGUCGAGUCGAGAUCCAGCACAAAGCCCAGUGGGGAACAGUGUGUGAUGAUGACUGGGACUUAAAGGAUGCAGAGGUGGUGUGUAGACAGCUUGGAUGUGGUAAAGCAGUCAGCGCUCCUCAUAAUGCCCGCUUUGGUCAGGGAAGUGAACCAACCUGGCUGGAUAAUGUUCGGUGUAAUGGAACUGAGAGCUACAUAGAUCAGUGCUCACAUAGAGGAUUUGGAGUAGAGAACUGUGGACAUGGUGAAGAUGCUGGAGUUGUUUGCUUAAAUUUGCAGAGUCCCACACUAACUAGGAUCUCCCCAAACUCUGUGGUCUCACCUGGAGAAGUCCUUCAGUUCAGAUGUUCCACACCCAGCACAACAUGCAUCUCUGUAGACUUCAGUUUGUAUAAAACUGGUAUAUUAAUAAAGAAGCAAACUGCAGAGACUACAACAACAUUUACUCUGACUGUAGAUGAAUCACAUCAGGGCCAGUACACCUGUGACUACUCAUACAGGGAAAGUAACUCCACAUCAUCCAGGAGCAGCUCCAUUACCAUUACUGUGGUUCAUAAGCAGAUCAGGCUGGUGAAUGGUACGGGUAACUGCUGUGGUCGAGUGGAGAUCCUGCACAACACCCAGUGGGGAACAGUGUGUGAUGAUGACUGGGACUUAAAGGAUGCAGAGGUCGUGUGCAGACAGCUUGGAUGUGGUAAAGCAGUCAGCGCUCCUCAUAAUGCCCACUUUGGUCAGGGAAGUGAACCAACCUGGCUGGAUGAUGUUCGGUGUAAUGGAACUGAGAGCUACCUAUAUCAGUGCUCACACAGAGAAUUUGGGGUAGAGAACUGUGGACAUGAUAGAGAUGCUGGAGUCGUGUGCUUAAAUUUGCAGAGUCCCACACUGACUCAGAUCUCCCCGAACUCUGUGGUCUCACCUGGAGACGUCCUUCAGUUCAGAUGUUCCACACCCAGUACAACAUGCAUCUCUGUAGACUUCAGUUUGUAUAAAACUGGGUCAUUAAUAAAGAAGCAAACUGCAGAGACUACAACAACAUUUACUCUGACUGUAGAUGAAUCACAUCAGGGACAGUACACCUGUGACUACUCAUACAGGGAAAGUAACUCCACAUCAUCCAGGAGCAGCUCUAUUACCAUCACUGUGGCUCAUAACCAGAUCAGGCUGGUGAAUGGUCACAGUAACUGUUGUGGUCGAGUGGAGAUCCAGCACAAAGCCCAGUGGGGAACAGUGUGUGAUGAUGACUGGGACUUAAAGGAUGCAGAGGUGGUGUGUAGACAGCUUGGAUGUGGUAAAGCAGUCAGCGCUCCUCAUAGUGCCCGUUUUGGUCAGGGAAGUGAACCAACCUGGCUGGAUAAUGUUCGGUGUAAUGGGACUGAGAGCUACAUAGAUCAGUGCUCACACAGAGGAUUUGGAGUAGAGAACUGUGGACAUGGGGAAGAUGCUGGAGUUGUUUGCCUAAAUUUGCAGAGUCCUACACUGACUCGGAUCUCCUCAAAUUCUGUGGUCUCACCUGGAGAAGUCCUUCAGUUCAGAUGUUCCACACCCAGCCCAACAUGCAUUUCUGUAGACUUCAGUUUGUAUAAAACUGGGACAUUAAUAAAGAAGCAAACUGCAGAGACUACAACAACAUUUACUCUGACUGUAGAUGAAUCACAUCAGGGCCAGUACACCUGUGACUACUCAUACAGGGAAAGUAACUCUACAUCUUCCAGGAGCAGCUCCAUUACCAUCACUGUGGCUCAUAACCAGAUCAGACUGGUGAAUGGUCACAGUAACUGCUGUGGUCGAGUGGAGAUCCAGCACAAAGCCCAGUGGGGAACAGUGUGUGAUGAUGACUGGGACUUAAAGGAUGCAGAGGUGGUGUGUAGACAGCUUGGAUGUGGUAAAGCAGUCAGCGCUCCUCAUAGUGCCCGCUUUGGUCAGGGAAGUGAACCAACCUGGCUGGAUAAUGUUCGAUGUAAUGGAACUGAGAGCUACAUAGAUCAGUGCUUACAUGGAGGAUUUGGAGUAGAGAACUGUGGACAUGGGGAAGAUGCUGGAGUUGUUUGCCUAAAUUUACAGGGUCCCACACUGACUCGGAUCUCCCCAAACUCUGUGGUCUCACAUGGAGAAGUCCUUCAGUUCAGAUGUUCCACACCCAGCCCAACAUGCAUCUCUGUAGACUUCAGUUUGUAUAAAACUGGGACAUUAAUAAAGAAGCAAAAUGCAGAGACUACAACAACAUUUACUCUGACUGUAGAUGAAUCACAUCAGGGCCAGUACACCUGUGACUACACAUACAGGGAAAGUAACUCUACAUCUUCCAGGAGCAGCUCUAUUACCAUCACUGUGGUUCAUAAGCAGAUCAGGCUGGUGAAUGGUACGGGUAACUGCUGUGGUCGAGUGGAGAUCCUGCACAACACCCAGUGGGGAACAGUGUGUGAUGAUGACUGGGACUUAAAGGAUGCAGAGGUGGUGUGUAGACAGCUUGGAUGUGGUAAAGCAGUCAGCGCUCCUCAUAAUGCCCGCUUUGGUCAGGGAAGUGAACCAACCUGGCUGGAUGAUGUUCGGUGUAAUGGAACUGAGAGCUACCUAUAUCAGUGCUCACACAGAGGAUUUGGGGUAGAGAACUGUGGACAUAAUAGAGAUGCUGGAGUCGUGUGCUUAAAUUUGCAGAGUCCUACACUGACUCGGAUUUCCUCAAAUUCUGUGGUCUCACCUGGAGAAGUCCUUCAGUUCAGAUGUUCCACACCCAGCCCAACAUGCAUCUCUGUAGACUUCAGUUUGUAUAAAACUGGGACAUUAAUAAAGAAGCAAACUGCAGAGACUACAACAACAUUUACUCUGACUGUAGAUGAAUCACAUCAGGGCCAGUACACCUGUGACUACACAUACAGGGAAAGUAACUCUACAUCUUCCAGGAGCAGCUCCAUUACCAUUACUGUGGGUAAGAGCAGAGAGGAUGUUAAUCUUAACAGUGUUAUCGGUCAUUAA